UCAGGUCUGAAAGAGGAAGCAGGAUGUCAUGAAGGCGUGUUAGCCACCAGCCACCACUAUUCAAUGACUCUAUGUCUGUGUCUACCCUUAGUGUAACCAGUGCUUCCACGGAGAACUCUGGGAAAUGACUCUUGUACUACUCCUGAUUUUGGCAUUGACAGCUGGCUGGACUGGACUUGUUAAAUGUGAAGAGCCAGAAAAUACAGAAUUUUUGGAAGUAACAACUCCCGUUGCAGGAGACAAAGAAGACUUAGAGACUCAUGAGGAUGCAACAGGCUCUGGAGAUGACACAAAUCAAGAAAACAAGGAUUUAGACCACGGACCCAGGCUUAACACAAAUGAUGCAGAAAAAGAUCCCACUGCUGAGACAACUGAAGAAACAGAUGCAGAAGAUCUCAACCUACUCAUCAUCAUCAUACCAUUGGCCCUCGUACUCAUCCUCAUCUCUGUGAUUGUGUGUGGAGUCAUUGUCUACCGCAGACGGAGAACAAAAGCUGUUGCCAUUGAAGAAGAUCAUUAUUUGGAUGAUGAAGACCACGAAAAAGUGCCAAUGCCCAUGUUUGAAGAUGAUAUUCCAUCGGUGAUGGAGCUAGAAAUGGAAGACCUAGAAAACUGGAUGACAAAAGGUAACUGCUAUGGACAUGAUGCUGUUCUCACAGUACCUUCCUGAUGUUCCCCCAUAUUAGAUGUUGCACAGUGUACAUACAGUAUUUAGGUACUAUAUAUAGGUUAAUGUAAAUCAGUUACUGCUAAGAAAAACCUUAACAGUUUAUGAGUUUUAUAGUGCUAUUAUAAAUUUAAAACACAACACUGGUGAAAAUGAGCUAAAAUGUGACCCUGCCUGUAAAACCCAGCUGAAAUCUUUUUUUGGUGAUUUACUGUUUUCUGCAUUAAAUCUAAUGUAAAGAAUAAUAUAACCUUGAUAUCUUUAAUAUUGACUGAGUAAGGCCAUGUCAAAAAAUGAAAUUAAACUGAAAUCGAACUUUAAUUCUCCCAAUCUCGUAAUUAAAUUGAAACUUUAGCUGGAUUUCACAGACAGGGUCACACAUAUUAAACACUGCUGUUCAUUGCACAUUGCCCUUCUGGACAAAAAAAGAACAUGAGAAAAUUAAUAGUCUGUUACACUGAAACAAGUACAAGAGUUCCUUUCUUGAAUGUAAACUAUGAUUUUAUAUUUUGGCCACUUUUUAACUGAGUGUAACAAACCAUGCUGUUUCUUUGUAAUGUAAUGAUUCAAGUGCCAUACGAAUAUACUACUCAGAUACUGUAAUUUAAUCCUGUCAACCAUCAUUUCAUCAUUGCGUGUAAAUAUAAAGCCUUUAUUAAUAACUUUUUUUGUUUGUUUACAUUUUCUUUAAUUGACAUUUUGAAGCAUUCAUGUGUAUAAAUAUAUUCAUAGGAAAAGCCACUGCAACAAAACUUCCCUACUUUUUUAUAUUUUAAAGAGGAAGAACAGUCUUAUUGUAUGAAUGCACGUGUAUUCAAUUCUUUGAAAGCAUGUCAUCAUUUAAAAAAGGGGAAAUAACUGUGGUGUUUUAUUAAAAAUAUGGAGUGGAUGCUGA